CACAAUAUAUCAGGUGACUUGGAGAAGAAAACGGGCCACAGAGUAUUUCAUAUUUCAGACACCAAAAAUGUUUUACUGUAGCGAUGAAUAAACGUGUCAUUUAGUAGUAGUCUACACAUAAUCCAUAAAGUUUCGGAUUUGACAAGAUGUGAGUUGAUCACAAUAGGUUUACUGUAUCGCACAGGACAGUUUCACUUUCAGCAGCUGUUAAAUCAGUGAGAGUCUACCGAAGUGUGGGAAUAAUGCGUGUAACCAUGUUAGGCUUUAAUUAGGGGUCCCCAAAUGCCCCCCAUAAUCGGGAACUUUUAAAGUGAUGGAUGUUGGACCCUGUAGCGCAGAGAUUCAACAGCGUCGUGUGGAGCUGGUGGAGGACUACAGCAAACACCUGACACGCCUUCUAGACGUCCUGUUUAAUGUGGGUGCAGUGACCGAGGAGGACCUCAGUCUUAUUAGAGGUUCAGCUGUUUUGGGUGAGCGAGAAUGUAUGAGAGUUCUGCUGGAUGUGUUACAUGGGAGAGGAGAAGAAUCAUGCAGGGCUUUUCUUUACAUACUACCAAGUGUUCAAGAUGAGACCACCAAACUAGGACAGGCCAACAGGCAAGAGCAUCUAAAAAAACACAAGGACAUAUUGGCCAGACAGCAUGGCCUCUUGGACUAUCUCAGCAUCAGAGGACAGACUUUGGGACAGGAUCAGACCGGGUGCUGGACUGAUAUCACCUUCUCAAGACAAGCUGGUUAUGCAUCGUCUUCUCAACGCCGACAUGAGUCAGCAGGAGUCGGGGAUGCUUUCAGGACACAUGCAGAUGAGAUCUGCAUUUUCAAGGACGUUUAUGAGAAUCUGCUGUGCAGCCCAGCAAGUGGUGUGAACAUGCUGUCAGGAGUUGCUGGAAGUGGGAAAACCACGGUUGUGAGACGCCUGGUGCGAGAGUGGGCUGCAGAAACCAACUUGUCUAAGAUUAUCCUAUCUCUGUCCUUUCGUGAGUUGAACCUCAUAACUCAAGAGCAGAGCUUGCAGGACCUGCUCUUGGAUCACUACAUCCAUCUGAAACCUUUCCUGCAUGAGUUACUGAACUCAAACCCAACCCAGUUUUUACUCAUCUUAGAUGGUCUGGAUGAGUUCUGCUACCCUCUUAAUUUUGAACACACUCCCAAGUGUUCGGAUCCUGAGCGUGUGCAACCUAUACAAUCCAUUGUGGUGAACCUAAUCAAAGGCAAUCUGCUUCCAGGAGUGUCCAUUUUCCUAACUUCCAGACCUCACGCGGUCUCCAAAGUUCCUCCAGUUCUGGUCAGCCAGUUUUACAGUCUGCUCGGUUUCUCUGUAGCUCAGCAGAAGCAGUACUUUGAGCAGAACUGCAGUUCUCCUGAGGCUGCCGAUGCAGUGUGGGCUUCAGUGUCGUCCCAUAAGCCCCUUCUACUCAUGUGCCACAUUCCCGCGUUUUGUUGGAUUGUGUCCACUGCUUUGCAUGAUGGCGGCUCCUUCCUUUGUCCUGAUUCUAUAAGUGCCAAGCCAGGAAACAAAGAAGGCCUUGGGGAAACCAACCAACCAAACUCUUCAUUGGGAUCUUCUGAGGAGAACUCAAAACCAGUCACAAUCUCUGGAAUCUACUGCUGCUUUGUUAAAUCUGUCUUGCUAUUCCAUGUGCAAGGGCGUAGCGAGGGCUCCCAUCACACCAGGCUUCAGCACGCCCCUCAUGUCCUUGGGGAAAUGCAGCCAAUCCUCAAAAGCCUGGGAGCUAUGGCCUUCAAAGGCCUCCUGGAGAGACGGUUCAUCUUUGAAAGCUCUGAUUUGAACUCUUUUAAUCUGGAUAGCACCAAACUCUCACAGGUGUUCCUCUCGGAGAUACUUAAAGAGGAUCGAGCGUCUCUCACCUUUGAAAAGGGCUUUCAUUUUAUCCACACUAGCGUGCAGGAGUUUCUUGCUGCCCUGUACUAUGUUCUCCAGUCAAUCUCAGGAUCAGAUCCAUUUUCAGGCCUCAAACCAAGCACAGGCCGCUACCUUCAAUCUGCAUUUAAGCAAAUGGCAUCAGCUGUUAACAAAUUCAGCAGACCGCAGCAUCUCUUCCGCAGACGUAUUAAGAAGGCCCUUCACUAUGGUGAACGACAUCAGUCUGGACACAUGGAUCUUUUCUGCAGGUUUGUAAGUGGCCUGCUGGUUCCUAGAACACGUCUCAUUCUAAAUGGAUUUUUCCCUGAUGGGCCCAAGAUGCAUCUGCUCCGUUGCCACCCAUCUCCAGACCCGACUCCACCUUUCCUCCUUCAUCUCUUACACUCCCAACUCCAGAGCUCCACCCUCAGCCCGGAGAGGCAGGUCAAUGUUUGUCACUGUCUAUAUGAGGCCCAGGACCCUGGUUUGUCACAGCGGCUACAGAGUUGGAUGAAGGUUCUUUCACAGCAGACCUCAGAUCAGUCCGAUUCGGUAAACAGGGACUGGAGCGAGCUGGCUUUCCUGUUACAGCUCAAUCCAGAUCUGCAGGUUUUGAAUUUAGAUGCUCAAGGACUUGAUGCUCAAGGACUAUACCAGCUCCUACCAGUCCUUCCUCUCUUCUCAACACUCAGCCUGGGCCAGAAUCCUCUUGGGUCAGAGGGAGCAUCUGUGUUAUCCCUUGUUCUGAGAAACCCAGAUUGUUGCAUUCAGAGGCUUUGGGUGGUUGCAACAGGGCUUGGUUGUGAAGGUCUGAAGAUCCUUGUAGAAGCGCUGAAAGAAAACCAUACUGUGACUGAUCUCAGAAUGGCCAUCAAUAAAAUUGGAGAUGUUGGAGCUGGUUAUCUUGCAGACUUGCUGAGGACGAAUCGCACACUGACGGAUAUCAGACUUCGUGACAACCUAGUGACAGACAAAGGAGCAGAAGUCCUCAUGGCUGCCCUGAAAGAGAACACUACAUUAGAGUAUCUGUGGUUGUUUGACAACAAGUUUACCAAAGAUGGUGUCAAGAAACUUAAAGAAUUUGCAAAUACCAGACCAAACCUUGACAUUAAAGUUUGCAUCUGACCCACAACCAACAAACCAGUGGAGUAGCCCCCUAAAACAUCAUUUGCAUUGCAGAACUGGUUCAUUUUCACUCACAUUUUAUUCAUACAUUAGUUUACAUAUUGGUACAAUUGCUCUGAUAUAAAACUUUUAAUACAUAUUAGAUUGUUAAAUGAAUAGCUCACCCCAAAGGAAAAAAUUGCUGAAAAUGCAUUAAACCAGGGUUGCCAACUCUCACGCAUCUGGCAAGUAAUCCAAACAGUCCAUCAAGUCUCGUGAAGCGAAAAGCAGGAUGCUUGUAAGAAACAAAUCCGUCAUUACGGUGUGUUUACACUAUAAACAACUAUUUCUUUAACCACUCAGGCUAUACUGCCCUCUGCUGGACUUUUAAGGAGCUGUCAUUUGUAUGACAUUGAAUUGCAUAUAUUUUGUGAAAGAACUGCUAUCUUUUUAUUUGAAAAUCUGUUGCAGCUUUAGUUAAACCCAAAACAGUCAGGUUUGAUUGAAGCUGUGUGUU